AAAAAACCAUAUACUGCUUAAUUUCUCUAGACCUCAAAAAUGCCUACUACAUUGUCCUCAAUCAAUUUUUCAGACGUUACAGACUUUGUGGUGAAUGAAGGUCACGGAGUUAAGGGCUUAUCCGAUAUGGGACUCAAAACCCUACCAAAACAAUACAUUCAACCCCUUACAGAACGAAUCACUACAAGCACAAUAAUCGUCGAUGACUCUAUCCCAAUCAUCGAUAUGUCCAAUUGGGACAAUAAUGGUCCAAAAAUUGGAGAAAAAAUAUGCAACGCGGCUGAAAAAUGGGGAUUUUUCCAGAUUAUUAAUCAUGGAAUUCCUCUUGAAGUUCUUGACAAUGUUAAGGCCGCGACUUAUAGGUUUUUUAAACUGUCCGCGGAGGAGAAGAAUAAGCAUUCGAAGGAUUUUUCGUCUACGCAUAACGUAAGAUAUGGUACAAGUUUUACUCCUCAAGCUGAAAAGGCUUUGGAGUGGAAAGAUUAUCUGAGUCUUUUCUAUGUUUCUGAUGAAGAAGCUGCUGCUCUUUGGCCUUCUUCUUGCAGGGAUGAAGCACUAGACUUCUUGAGAAACUCUCAAAUUGUCAUCAAGAAGCUCUUGGAGGCACUUAUGAAAGGACUAAAUGUAAAUGAAAUAGACCAAACUAAAGAAUCACUCCUAAUGGGUUCAAAAAGAAUUAACCUAAACUACUACCCUAAAUGUCCUAAUCCUGAGUUAACAGUUGGAGUAGGUCGUCACUCUGAUGUCUCAACGUUAACAAUUCUCCUCCAGGAUAAUAUUGGAGGAUUGUACGUGAAAAAACUUGAUAGUGAUGACACUUGGGUUCAUGUCCCACCAAUUGAUGGAGCUAUUGUGAUCAAUGUAGGUGAUGCUCUUCAAAUAAUGAGUAAUGGAAAAUACAAGAGUAUUGAGCAUCGUGUUAUGGCAAAUGGGAAUAAUAAUAGGAUCUCAGUGCCAAUAUUUGUAAACCCUAAACCUAAUGACUUGAUUGGUCCAUUGAAAGAAGUGCUUGAGAAAAAUGGAGAAGAGCCAAUUUACAAGCAAGUUCUUUAUUCAGAUUAUGUCAAGCAUUUCUUCAGGAAAGCUCAUGAUGGAAAAGAAACUAUUGAUUUUGCUAAGAUCAAUUAGAACAAGAAAAAGAAAAAGACGGCCUUGGUGGAAAAAAUAACUAAUUGUUUUUUUACUACUAUAUUAUAAGUUAAUGCUUAUCCUAAUACAUUCUGUCUUCUUGUUGUAAUGUAAUUUUAUUUUUUUUGUAAUGAAAGUUUGAUAUCUAUUACUA